UUUAAAAAUGGCGGUUCUACGUACAUCGUCUGCUAGGUAAAAAUGGUGACACAUUUGUAAACGAGUGAUAUGUGACGAUGUUUAUAUAAAAAUAUAUUCGUACUCGCAUGACGUUAUUUGAGAACAAAUGAGCAUUAGUUUUUCAUACUUACUGUCAGCUCUAACUGUUAGAAGUAUGAGUUUCUACGCUGUAGCUAAAGGUCGAAAACCUGGGAUAUACCAAACUUGGGAUGAAUGCAAACUGCAAGUUAACCAGUUUUCUGGACCAAUUUAUAAAAAGUUUAAAACACAAACAGAAGCAGAAGACUUCAUAAAUAAGAAUAGCAAUGGUGGUGAAAAUAAAAUUCGUAAAAAGUACAUGUCUGGAAAAUUGAAGAAUGCUUUGGCAUAUGAAAAAACUGUUGCCGCUAUAAAUCCAUCAGCAGCACCCUCAAGAACGAUAAGUUCGAUCUUUGGACACGAAAACAGAAAUGCUUUGAGUAACACUCAAGGUGUCAAGAAACGAUCUCUAUCUACAAGUACUAACAGUGCGAAUGUUACUAAAAAUCCAGCAAAAAAAAUUAAACUUUUGCCUUUGCCUGAAGAUUCUCCUAUAAAGGAUGCAUCAAAUUUUAUAACUGACUCAGAUGGAUAUGUGAAUGUUUUUACGGAUGGAGCAUGUAGUUCCAAUGGUAAAAAGGGUGCAAAAGCUGGUGUAGGAGUUUGGUUUGGAGAUAAUCAUCCAUUAAAUAUUUCUCAACCUGUAGACGGUCGACCAACAAAUAACAUGGCAGAAAUUCAAGCGGUGACAUUAGCUGCAAGACAAGCUCACAAAGAGGGUAUACAAAAACUGAAAAUUAAUACAGACUCACGAUUUCUCAUUUCUUGUAUUACGGAAUGGAUGCCAAAAUGGAAGAAAAGGGGCUGGAUGACCGUGGGAAACAAACCUGUAAUAAAUAAGUGUGAACUUCUAGAAAUGGAAGAAGCCCUCUCUUCUCUAAGCAUUAAGUGGAAUCAUGUCCGGGGUCAUCAAGGGAUUCAUGGAAACGAAAUGGCAGAUAAACUUGCAAGGGCUGGAGCUGAAUUGUAUAAAAAUGAAAAUAAUGAUGACCAAUGAAAACCUAUAUCUCUACAUCUGUAAUUUAUUUUGCUUUAAAUCACGGUUUAUUUCAAAUGGUAAUCAAAUUUAUUUUACAUGCACGAUUAAUACAGGAUUCACAUUACUGUCUGUACAUUCAUUUAUAAAACUCUUUUAGUUCAGUC